AGUUGUCAUUCAAGCCGAGCGUUCGAUGCCUUCUCAUUUUAUUUCUCUACAUUUAUAAUUUUAGAAUAAUAUUACUUUAAAUUUAUCAUAAUCAUUUUAUAAAAACUGUCAUUUCUUAAAUGGUAAUACGUUUACAUGAUAAAAUAAAGGUUUCUUUUCUUAACUGAAGUUAAAAUAAUGGACAACUGCUUUCGCGAUUAUAAUUUCACACAAUUAAAUUCUCUUAUCUUAAAACUCUCUAAGAUAAAUUUUAUCUUUUGUUAAAAACGAAACGUUUACUUAAGUAUAAAAUAAGGGAGAGAUAUUAGAAAUUAUUUUGUGUUGAAUAUUAAAGGAUACACAAUUAAAAUAUUGCAGAAUUCGUAAUGGGGUCGAAUUGGAGUGAAGAGAUAGAAGAAGAAGAAUCAGACUCCUUUGAGGAGCAAGAUAAAUGGGUUCUUGAAGCUCAAAAAUUAAAACAACCUGGGGUUACUAUAUGUAAAGAAGUUUUAAGAGGGAUCAAGUUGGAUAAGAAAGAAGAAAAAGAAAACAAUGAAAUUCUAAAGGAGUUCUUGAGAAGUUUUAUAGAUGAACUAAAAGAAGUUGAUGAACUGUUUAACCUUUUGUUCAAAGAACUUAGUUACGAAGGUAGCUAUUACCUGAAUCUCCGCGUUUCCACGCCUGAUGAAUUUGACAUUAAUUUGAUUUUGAAACCACCUUUUGAAGAAUCAGAAUUUGAAGUUGUACAUCAACCACUAGCACCAAGCUAUGCUAAAAUUUACAUGAAGGACCGCACAAUUGCUUUAGAAAAAUAUCCUAAACUUGCAAAAACUUUAUUUGAUGGUGGUUAUCUUGUUCCAGAAAAUGUACGAAAGUGGCUUCAAAGUGUUGUAGACAAAGCUCUUAGAACAUACACCCGGAAAGCAUUCUUUAUAAAGAGGAUACGCACGAAAGAAGCCGGGCCAGCCAGAACCAUAAUAUUAACAAAAACAGAUGACACAGAAAUAGAUAUUGAUCUUGUUCCAGUUGUGAAAUGUCUUCUUAAAUUGCCCGAAUCAAGUCUUGACGACAAAGUCAAAAACCGAGUAGGAAGUACUUUAGAGGCAUAUCUUGUCCCUAAACCUUAUUCGAGUUUUGGAAAACAGAUGCCAAUAAAUGAAAAGGAAGCGAAACGUUUGUGGCGAUCCCAUUUUUCGAAAGCUGAAAAGAAAAUCAUUUAUAACAAAGGCUGUGUUAAACCUGUUAUCAAGCUGUUAAAGUUUCUGAGAGAUAAGGAAGACUGGAAGAUUUUGGCCUCUUAUUACUUGAAAACUGUCGUUAUGUGGAUGGUUAUAGAAAACAAUGAUGAUGACUACUGGAAGGAAGAUAAAAUGGAUAAUCGCUUUCUUGAUGCACUCCAAGAGCUGAAAACUGCUGUUUUUCAAAAGAAAAUUGCUUAUUUGUUUAACAAGGAAUACAACUUGCUUGCAAAAAUAAAUGAUGACCAAGCUUGCAAUAUUCACAAUCGUUUAUGUUAUUUCAUUAGAAAAAUAAAAGAAAACCCAGAGUUUCUCAGGAAUGUUUUUCAAGAAGCACCUUCAUUCUGAAGCUUCAGAUCCGAAUUUUAAGAAAGUUACAUACAAAUCAAUUUGAUUGAAUUUGAAAUAGUUUUUUUAAUAGGAUUAAUAAUACAAAUAUUUUCUCCUUAAAAUAACGAAUGUUGUUAUUUCUGAACGCCUAUUACUUUAAAUUAAAUGAUGCAGAACUUUUAUUGGAGAAUUAAUUUGGAAAUGUGUGGAAAUAAUUUUCCUAAUUUAUAGGGAUAUUUUUUUUUAUUUUAUAAAUAUCAAGUACUUAUUCUACAUAACUUUUGUGCGUUGGUUAAGUUCUAAAAAAGCACUUGAUUUUACCCAAAGACUUUUCUAUAAAUCAACAAUAAUUUUUUCUUAUUUACUUAAUAUGAAUAUUGUUUGUUAUUUGUACUUCAUUCAUAAAAGGUAAAA